AUCUUUACGGAACUAAUAAUACCAAAAAAUACGACAGAAUUAACUAAAUUUAUGAAGAUAAAAAAACAAAAUUACUGGCCAAAACAUAACCGCGUUUGAAGAUUGUUGUAUUGCAAUCUUGUUUACAUCCUCUAGUCGGUUAAACAAAUUAACACCUUAUUAAUUAUGAAAUCUUGGGAAUGCGCAUAAUUAUUUUGGAGUCCAACAGAUUUUACCCAGUGAUGUGCUGCCACCUAGUGUCUAGAAGUCUUCAUCCAUUGUUGUACUCAAUCCCUGUAUGAACUAACGAACAUUAAACUCGUUUACUUUAGGUUAAUACUGGACGGCUCAAUAUUAUCAAGAUGGCCGCAGCUGCACUUCCAACUAAAACCACUUGCAAGAUUAGUCAGGAACUCAUCGAAUGUCCAAUCUGCCUUAAACGGUUCAUCGAUCCGAAAAUCCUGAAUUGUCACCACAGCUUUUGCCAAAAAUGUCUUCAGGAACUUGUAGACAAUCAGAAUCCGAAGACGCGUUUUAUCAUUUGCCCAGUGUGUAGAGAGAAAACUAAAACCCCAGAUAAGGGGGUGUCGGCUCUUCUCAACAGCUUUUUCUUGAGCUCGCUUAUUGAUGACGUCAUCAAUCUUGAAGGUCCAAAUCAGCGACCCAAAUCUGAAUCGUCAAAAUGCCGGAAACACACUGACCAGGAACUGUGUUUCCAUUGCGACACGUGUGACUUACUUGUGUGUGUCAAAUGUGCGUUGCUCGAUCACCAAGCACAUACCCUAAUCGAAAUCACUGAAUGCGUUAAAUCUCUCCGUCAGGCUGUUACAGCGGAAUUGAUGAAGUUCGAUGAGUGUCGCAAGCAGUUCCAAAAAGUGGAUGACUCUAUCAAACAUUCAGAGCGUAGAUUACAGCUCAUGGUCGACCGGACUCUAGCAGAGAUUUUGGCCAAGGAAGAAGAGGAAGUCGCUAAACUAAAAAAUGCAUAUCGCCUCCUUCGAGAAAGCGUCACUGAAAUAGGUCAAGAAAGAAUUGAGGAAUUUAAGAGCACACGGAGCAUCAAUCAAGAUAAGAUGAGCGUCGGCAAGGAGAUCGUAGCUUCAGUCAAUGACUUAAUGCAGCAAGCUGAUAACUUUGAGCUGCUGGAACUCAGGCCAAAAGUUAUGCACAACUUAGACUUCCACAAAGAGCUUCAGUUUCAAACAGUGCAGCAUAGCAGGUCAUUCAUCGGGUUCAAAGGUCAUGAUAUCGUCGCUGAUGCGAAUAUCGGUGAAAUACUAAAGGAAGAGAAGUGGGAGGUGAAGACAGAGUUUGGUGAAGAAGAGGAAGGUGAGGGGGAGUUCGAGGAGGCAGCGGAGGUUGCUUGUUUUAGCAAUGGUGACAUUGUCGUUUGGGACUCUGAAAGGCAGCUAUUAUCCACGUUUACAUCAACGGGUAGUUACAAAUCUACUGGUGUUCAAAGUGAAACAGAAGAUGGCAAACUAAAACGACCUUUUCAUGUUGCGGUGACCUCUGAUGACCUGCUUCUGGUUACUGACGGACAGGAUGUAAAGGUUUAUGAUAGAGAACUGAGAUAUAUUCGUCAGUUCAGACCCUCACAAAAUCAAGUCGAGGGACAGUCAGAGAGUCUACUCACUGGUAUUGCUGUGGACAAGAAAGAUCGUAUUGUAGUGUCUGACUCUGAGAGAAAGGUUAUCUCUCUCCAUAAUAUGGAUGGAUCCAUCAUUUCUACAAUAGAUCAUGACGAUAUAGGCAAUCUAUGCAAGCUAUCUGUAAGCAGCAAGGAGCGACUGAUCUUCACAAUCUACGACAAGAUGAAACUAGUUUGUCUGGAUUUCAUGGGAAACGAGGUGUUCAAUAUCAGCACCUCCAGUGACGGUCAACCUGUAAAACCUACUGGUGUGUGUUGCGACGAUGCUGGAUACAUCUAUGUGUCUGUUCAUUGCGGUACAGUGAUAACCAGUGAGAUACAUCAUUACGAUGCAUCAGGUGAGCACAUCGGUUGUGUAGCUCGUGGCUUGUACAAUCCUGAAAGCAUGACGUUUACUCCGAUCGGUGACCUCAUCGUGGCUGAUAAGUACUCAAUCAAGAUCUUGCAUCGCGUGUGA